AUGCAGGCCAAGGAGCAGACGCUCAUUGACUCGCUCGUCCAGCUGCACGUGCGGAUGGAGCAGCUGGAGGCUGAGGCGGCGGAGGCGCACGGGGCGGCGGCGCGGCUCAAAGCGUUGCGCGACGAGCACGCGGUCGCACUCGAGCUGUUGGGCGAGAAGGAGGAAAAGCUCGAGGAGCAGGCGCGGCUAUUGCAGGAGCGUGGUGUGGCCCAUUAA